AUGGGAUUUGAAAAAGCUAAAGGAUGCAAUAAAUUCAGGAACUUCACGGUUGUACUGACGGUAGUUUUCUUGGCACUAGUCACUCUCCUCAAAUCAAAAGAUCACUAUUCGGUUACCGGAGACCCCCUUGUGGGGCAUAGCCACCGCAAUGACGUGGAUGGCGCCAAUAGGAGUGGGAACAAUAUUACGAUAGUCGAUUUUUUCAAACCGUACGAUCCAGCUUAUCCCACCUCCGCACCCACGUCUAGAUUUUUCAAAAAAAUCAAUUUGAGACCGCUAUCGCCUUACAGUAUUCCAAGAGUCAAUUUCACCGUGUGGAUUGAUGAGCAAUAUGAUAUUUCGUUCGAGAGGUUGUUGUUGAAUAUCGGGGACCAAAAUCUAGCAAACUAUGACUCGCUGAGAGGCAAUAAUGUGUUGGAAGGCGUUAUUAUAGCGUCGCCAUCGCAAAAUGAACCUAAUUAUUUUUUCCAAUGGAUUAGGGAUUCUGCGAUUGCGAUGAAUACAAUUGUGUUCAAUUUAUUUUCACUGGAUGCAGAAAGUGCAGAAAGUGCAGGUUUAAAUGUAACUCUCGCAGGCACAGUUUUGAAAUAUCUGAAAAAUUCAUACGAGUUGCAAAGAUUAGAGAAUCCAUCCGGCAGCGGAGUCGAUAGCGAUCUCCUAAAGGGACUGGGCGAACCCAAAUGGAAUGUAGACAAUAGACCAUUUUUAGAUGCGUGGGGGCGUCCACAGAAUGACGGGCCGUCUUUGAGAACGUUAACGUCAUUCCAUUUUCUAAGGGAACUACAAAAAAACUCGGUUUCACUGGAAGACGUUAUUGCGCAGUACGAAUCACACUUUCAACAUGAAUUGGAUUUACCUUUUGAAAAUGAAAGAGAAUUAUAUGAAAAUAUAAUAUUUUGGGAUCUACAAUUUGUGGUGAAAAAUUGGAAAGACAAUACUUUUGAUCUCUGGGAAGAAAUUCAAGGACAACAUUUCUUUACUUCUAUUGUUCAAAUAUCUUCUAUCAAAGUUGCAAUAGCUUUUUUAAAAGAUCAUGAGAAGGAUUGGUCAGAUUUGCAAGAAUUUGUGAACGAUUUGGAGACCUGUUAUGAUGAGUUAACUAGCUUUAUUUUUGAGGAAUCUGGAUUCCUAAAUCCAAACAAAAAUUUUAUAGUCGAAACGCCAUCAAUGUUACAUUCGAGAUCGGGAUUAGAUAUAGCAGUUAUAAUUGGAUCCAUAUUAACACAUAACUAUGAACUGAGCAACAGUUCGAAUUCAAUUCCAUUUGAUGUUGACGAUUCAGGAGUUUUGAAUACGUUGUAUUCAAUGGUUCGGUCAAUGGAAAUUAUUUACCCCAUCAAUCAUCAACGUGCAAAACUAAAAACUGGUGUAGCACUGGGCAGAUAUCCGGAAGAUAUCUAUGACGGUGUCAAGACAUCCGAAGGUAAUCCAUGGUUUUUAUCAACUGCAUAUGCAUCUGAAUUAUUAUAUAGACUGAUUUUGAGAAACUAUCAGUUUGGUGAUGAUUUAAUUAUAUCGUUAGAUAAUUGGGAAUCAGAAUUUUGGACUCUAAUUUUUGAAGGGUUCGAUGAUUAUGUUGCCGAAGACAACCUCAACUAUAACGGAAAUUCAAACGGAAACAAAAACACCUAUCAGCUGGUUAUACCAUUUAAUUCCCCGGCCUUCAAUCAAACAAUGUUAUCAAUUUUCGAUCUUGCUGAGUCGUUUUUGGACAAAAUUAGAGAGCAUGUCAGUGAUGAUGGGAAUAUGAGCGAGCAAUUUAACAAAUAUACAGGAUAUCUACAAGGAGCUGAGAAUUUAAGUUGGUCAUACGGUGCAUUUUGGACGAGUUGUAACGUCAGGUCUAAAGUUCUUGAGCUUUUACAAUAA